UGUUAGAGGAUGAAAUGGGCCUGAGUGAGAUGCCCCGCUUUGCUUUUUCUAUUCAAGUGUGGGACAUGGCAGUAUCUUUUGCAUUUUGAACUUGUCUACCAGAGUGGCAGACUGAGUUGUACCAAUUGCUCAGCCCUGGAUUCAGCUGUGGAUUUAAGAGACAGUUCUCUGAAUGAGGAGCUGAUAUCACAACACAGAGGAACUCAAUGCCCUUAGGAAAACCGCAUCAGCCAAAGUCCAGGAACAGAGCCCAGAGCCGACUCCAAGAGCAGACUGGACUGGCCACAGAGAUAAAUUGGAGCUUGUGGACAAGCGAUGGACAGCUGGACUCUCCAGGGGGACAGCUACUCCUUCCUGCGCAGUGCGCCCCGCACUUUCUCCCUUUGCCAUCGUGACGGUACCCCCAACCACGUUGAAAUCUUUGACAUCAUUAACGUCCCUAAUCAAAGCAGUGCCAUAUCUGAGACCACCUGCCUGUGUGACAUUUUUGGAGACGACUGUGAGUCACCAUCUCUUUCAAGCAGCCCUGCAGUAGGACGGUUCAUCCCUCCUCAGAGGGAGGUGGAGGGGACGGCAGCUGCAUCACCCCCGGUGGAUGAUCUGAACGACUCAUCGGGCUCUUAUCACACUGCACACGGCUCCAGUGAAGGAGAGGAAGGCUUUGACGAUUCAGGAGAAAGGCUUUCCAGCCCCACGUUGGAGAACGAGGACUCACAGAGGACAAAGACUGGGGGCACAGGGCACUCAGAGGUUUCUGAGGACAGUAACCCAAAUUUAGAACCAAAAAGCAAAUCCCCCUUACAACAGCUCAGUGCAGGUAGCCCUUCAUCUGAAGCCCUCAACACAGGUGAGAGGACCCCACCUCCUGGACAUAAAAGCCCAUUCAACCUCACCCCAGCUAGAAGUCCAUCAUCCUCAUCUUCCUCAGUUGAAAAAAGAUGUUCACCAUCACAACAUAAUCCCAGGCAAGCUAAUUCAGAAUCAAGUAGAAUCACCCCUACCUUUAAAGAUAAAAAAAAUACAGAUCAGGAUUUAACUUCAAGUACCUCCUCUCUGCCUAGAAAUUGUGCCAGCAUAUCCGCUGAACCAUCAAAUACCCAAUCUUUUACAGAAGUCACAGCACAAGCAUCACCUGAACCAAGUAGCAGCUACUUUAGUCAAUCCAGAAGUCCACCAUCUGAAGAUUUUUCUUCAGAUUUUUCCGAACCAGCCUGUAAAUCUAGGACCCCUGUUUCAUCCCCUCUAUCUUCAUUCAGUGGUAAAGAGUCAUCCCCCCACUCAAGAGGUUCAUCAGCUCAGUCCUACACCUCUGAUACACCAGCAUCAUCCCCAUUUCAAGAGCUUACUGGGAGGAUCUCUCUGCCUGAUCUUUUCAGCAGAGGCUCCACACCUGAUAGAGAAGCUUCUACCCACUCUCCUUCCACCACAGGAAGAGAAAUAACCACUACCCCUGCAAGCCAGAAUAGGAGGUCAUCCACUGAACCUUUAAGUACUGUGUCCACACCUGCCCCACAGUACACCCCUCCCUCACCUAUUUCAAGAGCAGCAUACCCUGAGCUUGUGGAGAGCAGGGCCUCAUCUGAAAUAAGAAACACGUCUCCCUCACCUUGCUUGCUUAGUGCUGCUUCUCUAACUCAAACUGGAACAAGAAGUCCUUCUCCUGCCCAGUCAAAUAGAAUAAGACAAUUUUCAACACCUGGAACACAGGUGUCUUCACCUGUAAUAAGUUACAGUUUAUCACCAUCACCUGAAGUUACUAGGGACUGCUCUCCCACUGCUCCCUCACCUGAAAUUAGGAUUAUAGCAUCCUCACCUGACACCAAUAGGAGAGAGUGGCUCUCUGAAGUGAAGUCUGCAUCAGCCUCUCCCCUUCGAGAGUUUAGUCUGGCCUCAUCAAGAAGCCCAACUUCAUCCCCUCAUAUCACUGGAAUUUCUUACUCUGUCGUUCAGCCCGAGGAUCGGGACAGUCCGCCGUUUCCAGAGCUCCAGCGUCUCUCCACCCCAGAGCCUGAUAGGACACUAUCAGGCUCCCCUGAGGCAAAAAGCCCAAGCAGAGACAGUUUACAGAGCAGUACGGCAGAACCCAGUGACACACAACAAGACUCAACACACAUAUCAGGCUUAUCAAGCCCUGUCCCGCAACGAAGAUACCAUACACCUUCACCAAGGCCAAAGCAUUUAACACCUUCUCCUGAGGUGACAUAUCAAACCAUCUCAACUGAAAAGUAUCACAGUCCUUCACCCCAGGAAAGAAGUAAAGAUCCAUCAUCAGUCGUCGAAUCUCCUGAGCAGAGGUUUUAUCAACCUUCACCAUCAAAUUUCUGCUCAGAUAAUAAACAGCCUUCACCUCCUCUAAGAAAUACACCUGAUGUUGAGGAGAAUCAAUCCUCAGGUAGAAUUCGAGACACAGUGUUACCAGCAUCUUUGGAAAAACAAAGUGUGUCACCAUCCUUCACAUUCAACAGGGGGGAGAAAUCAGAAAACAAAAGCCUGUCAACAGUGGUUAUACCUGUAACUAUCUCACCUGAAGAAAAGGAGGACAAUUCACUGAGACAAAGCUUGGAGAGAGACGCAACACCAAAGAGAGCACAUCUUGAAGAGAGUGUGAGUUUGGACUCCUUCUCAGAGGAGCCCAUUUGUCCCAGCAUUUCUCAGAAAGAAGAACCUUAUAAUAACCUUCUAAUUGAAAUCAAGUCUUCUUCACCUGAUCUUGUCGGAUCCCAAGGCAGGAGUCCAAACAUUUCAACUGUGCACAAAGCGUCUUCUAUCACACCUCUGCAAGGACUAGGGACCCCGUUGACUAAACACACUUCAUAUUCCCUGAAUUCACCAGCUUUUACACCUGGGCGCAGAAGAAAACUGCUCCCAACCAUUAUAAGACGUGAAAACAGAGAGAUAUUUACGGAGGACAUGGCGCAUCAUGCAAACAGAAGACGAACUCCCUCUCCUCCACUCACUAGGUUUACACCUGUCCACAUCAUAGCCCCUGAGAAACCAUACAGACAGUGGCAGAACAGAAGCCGUAGCCCUUCUCAGUUUUUAGCAUCCUCAAAUAGUGGUAAUCUAAAGAAAGUGGUGACAAAUAGGGAAAAACCCAAUGUUGCCCUUGUUGACAAUAAUAGCCAGGCUCACUGGGUCAGUCAAGGAACGCAAUUGGAGAUGGAGAAGCAAAUGCAGCUGGAGGAGGAUAGAGAGGUUGUUAGGGAGAGGCUAAAGGAUAGGGAGAUAGAGAAAGAGCGAAAGAGGGAGGAGCAGGUUCCUGAAAAGGGGAAGGGGUGGCAGGGGGACGCCACUUACAGAGGGGAACAGGCUGAGCUGUCACUCAAUGCCAGGAAUAGAAAAGGGCCUGUGAGUUGCAGAACAGCUCCCACAAGCAGAGAGAUUCGUCAGGCACUGCCAACGGUGCAUUCCUAUUCAGAGAGCUUGCUCGCAACCAGACGACUACAGCAACACAGUCUGCUUGCUUCCCAACAAGACCACAGAGGUGUUGGAUCUAGCAGACGGCAACAACCUCCUGCCCUGCAAAACAGGAACACUACUCCCAGACGGGUGGCUUCAAACAGGCCAGGCCGGAGUUCCAGCUCUAGCAUGGGAAGUGAACUUGAUGAGACAGACAAUGAAGUGAAGUGGUUUACAGAUGUGGCUUUCAGUAGCCUGUCAAGCCCUGAGGCAGAUUACCUAGACAUGUACAACUCCAGCCACCACUCAUCAACAAACAUUUCUCAAUCUUCUACACAGGAGAGUCCAGCUGGGGUUAAUGCUGCCUGGCCUGCCUAUGCUGACUUCAGGGGUUCUGCUCAAAAACUAGACAAUGAUGACCUCUCCUUCCAGCAGCCAUAUCCGUACUACUCAGAUGGCCUCGAUCCAUCAAGGCGCUAUGAGUUGGGUAGCUUUGAAUGUGUAGAUGUGGCCAUGGAAAGAGAAGACCAUAGGAAGGUGAGAAGAGGAGUACCAAAGAGACAGAUUCAGCUGAAGAGAAAGAAUGCUGCUGAAGUAAAGCAAGACGAGAGCAGUGAAAAUAGUAGUCCUGGGGCACCAGUGAUGGUGGAAAGCUCCUCUCUUGAGAGUCACUCGAGUGAGACGUUCAUGAGACAGCAGAUCACACCUGCAGCGAUGGAAGAAUGCUACCCUUCUGAACGCAGUCCUGAGCCCAAUCAACAAAACAAACUCCAGAAAUCUGCCUCUCUGGAUGAGUCAUGUGCUAAAACCAAGAUGGCCACUUGUCUCAUCCAAAGUGUGCUGUCCAAGAAAAUACAAAGCGGGGAUAAACAACAGAAUGAGCAGGCAGGUGAAGAAGUAAGCCCUUCUUUUGAGGAAGCCGCCCCACCAACAGAGACUGUAGCGUCCCCUUUCAAAGAGUCCCCAAAACCUACUCUAAGUUCAAGUCUUCAGUCAGAUUUUAGUGUUUCAUCUGAGGGUCCUUCUGUGAAAGGAGAACCAAACAUAAAGGAUAAAGUCAAGAUGACAAAAAGCUUUGGAGUAAAGUCCAGUAACAGGCCAAGUUCAUCCAGCAGUAGCAGAAGUGUGAACUUUUCUCAGACUGAGAGUGAAGAUACGGAUUCUGACACCAGGAAUGCAACCUCCUUAAAAUUUGAAAGCAAAUCAGAAAAGAAGUCGCCAUGUGAUUACAAACAUCCAAGGACAGAAGCACAAAAAGUAGACGACAAGAAAACAUGGGACGAAACUGUGGGUGGUGAGUCAGCAAAUGCCUCUGAAGGGAACACAGGAGCUCCUUCUGUCACUAGAGCCAGAACAACAAAUAGAGACCAGGAAUGUGAAAACACAGAGGACCAUAAACAACUGCAACAAGGUGACAAGAGCGCAUACACGUCAAGUACACCGGAGAUCACAGUGAAAGCUGUGGAGAAAAAGAAAGCCUCUCUUAAUGUCUGCCUCACCCCUGAGGCAGAUGACAAACCUGAGGGUCCUUCACCAGAUCUGUCUUUUACAGAAAAGGAGGAGAGGGAAGAGGCUGGUGUUGAUGACAAAAUAGAAGAAGAGGAGGCAAAUGGAAAUAGUCAAGUUAAGGUUCCCAUUCACAAAGUAAGAGAUGUGAGGCGGCUUGUGAAAAACACUUACAAUCUUUCCUUCAAGGCGACUGGAGCUGCAGCGCCAUCAACUGUAAAUGAAGAACAGAUGCAGCCCUUUAACCAGGAAAUAACAGACAAAGUAGAGGGGCAAAGGAUAGAAACGGUCAAAGCAGAUGAGGAGAGGAGGGAGGACAGAAAAGAAGACUUCAUGGAGAGGAAAAAGGAACAAAAAGAGGAAGUAAAAGACUCACAACCUCUUCAGAGAAAAAGAAAUCCUCCGUCUCGUCCACAGCCAAUGCAAAUAGAAUAUAGAGCUGUAUGUUCAAAAGACGGGAAUAAUAAAAUGUCUUGCAGUAAGAGUGACUCAGAAAGCCUAGAUGACAAAUCUCAAGCUUCUCCAAAACUUCCCAUGAAGUCAAGCACAGAAUCACAGAUGUCAUCAAAUGCAAACAGUUUAUUAAGUGGAGAAACAGCAACCAUAAGUCCAAGCCAACAUGAUCCGAAUACAACAUCAGUAAGACCAGAGACUGUGACAGUACUGGAUAAAGUGUUGGACAAUGAGGGCAAACCUGUUCGAAUGGACAGAAAACCUCCCAUGCUUGGAAGCCUCCCCAGACAGUCCAGUAAAGAAAGAGAGGUGUCCACUGCUGUAGUGUUGAUAAGGGAUGGCUCCAGCAAGACCAAGACAACUGCAACCCAGGAAGAGGUUUCUACAAAAACCCAAGCCCCAGCUGCUUCACCUUCACCUGGACCUGCUACUUCUGGCAGCGCUCCUGGCACCAGUGGUCACUCAGUUUCCAUGCUUUUAAAGGAAAAAGGCUACCAAGCUGACAUCGGAGCAGUAAUGGGUGAUAAAGAGAAUGGAUUAAAAGGAGUUCCCUGUAAGCAUGUAAACAGUCUCGAAAUCCCUCUCCAAGCUACUGCCUCUUCUGAUGAAGGUCAGAUCCAGUCUCACAGAGAGAGGACUUUCUCUGCCUCAUCUAACAAGUCCACUCCUUCAGCAGUGUCUGAAAAUACAGACAUCCUAACAAAGACAGAAGAUGAGGGAGUAAGCAUCAAGCCUACCGUUAAAGACCCUGCAAAACAGAAAAGUCCUUCUCCGUUUAGGACUAUGAAUGAGCAAACACAACCUCCCACCAAACCUAAGGAACUAGGAGAUUUUGAAGCAGUGAAAAGACUCGAUCCAACUUUCCCCCCAAGGUCCCCUGCAAUAAGGAGAUUCAGACCUCAGGCAAUUGAGGUGAAGUCACUGUCUAAAGAUACACAGAAGCAAGAAACACCCACAAAUGGUACAGGAAACAAUAUGCCUCAAACAAUAGAAGUUAAAUCAAUAGCAAAAAACUCUCAAAAGCCAAUAGUGCCUCCAAAACCCACCUGCAAAUUUAAACCUGCAGAUUUAGGGAUGAUGCCAAAUGAAGCACAGAGACCAUCUGCAACAUCUACUAUAAAGCCACAAGGUGAGGAAAGGUCUCAAACAAUUGUUGUGUCCUCACCAACUAUUUAUAGAAAAAUCUCUAGUGACUCAACAUCAACAUCGCACAGUGCAAGAAAGCUGGCUGUUUCUGCAGUAUCCAGCAUUAAACCUCCACCUUGCAAAACUGCAGCCACCACCAUCACCAGUCUCUCAAACCAGCCAGCAGCAUCAUUUGAUACAGACACAUCUACUGACAGAGGUCAACAGCCAGGAGCUCUUCCUCAGAGCUCUGGUUCUUCACAAAGAGCCACAACCUUAGCUGUCCCUCAAACGUCAGCCACUGGCACAGGUUUAACCUCAGAUCCCAGUCCAGUUACUGCUCCAAAUGCAAACCAAGUCCCUGCCCCUGUUCCAACUGGAGCCAACCAGCCAAGCCAGCCAGCUGUUGUGGAUCAAGACUUCCGACCACCCCAUCCCAGAAUGGCAUAUCCUCAUGAACAAGCUAUGCCAGCAGCUUCAAGCAAUGCAAAACAACCACCUCCUAUAACCACAACACAAGUGCCAGGAUACACACACCAGACAUACCGCCGGUCACUCUCUGGUGAGCGCUCCCACAGGACAGAAGAUAUGCAAUUUUAUGCUUCAGAUGAUCCACCAAGCUACGAUGACAGAGAAAGCUUCAGUCCCCUAAUGCUCCCAGACCUGGCCACAAGAAGGUCAAACCGUUACCAACCCUCCACCCGCCCUCCUCCCUGCUCCUGCACUACUGGCUGCCCUUCCCAUCCUGGUCUCACCCCUCCUCACUAUCACCGCAGCCCCCAUAACCUCACCCCUCCUGCCCCUACUCACUCUCCUGGCCAGCCACUACCUUACCCAGUCACUCAACCCCCUCUUCGUCCACACCAGUGCAGACCAGACCCGCAACCAAUGACCUACCAGCCUGGCUCUCCAAAGUCAAGCCCUCUUGGUCCAAGCCAGCCACCAGCCAUGUACCAGUCUCUUCAUCCUCCUCCCGGUCCUCCCCACCCCUCACUAAUGCAUGCAUGCCCUGCUGAGCGUCCUCUGCAGCCAUCUCAGCACAUUGACCCACGACGAGCCCCUGUCCACAGAUCCCCCCAGCAACAGCCACCAGGUGUAUCUGGGGCGCCUUACAGUGAUCCUGUCCAUGGCCACUCUCCAGCCCUUCCACCUAUGGAUCCCCAGUACCUUUGUGGCCCUCAAAGCCUGGGGCCUUCCUAUGGCUCUGAAUAUGGGGGUGACACCUCCAGUUUAUACUCAGAGAGCAGCUAUGGACAGGCACCACGCAGAGUGCUCCUGGAUCCUGAAACAGGGAAGUACUUUUAUAUAGAGGUGCCUGUUCAACCACUUAGGAAAAUGCUGUAUGACCCAGAGACUGGCCAAUAUGUGGAAGUACUCAUUCCACAGCAAGCAAUGUCACAUUCAGGCCUGUAUCCUCCUUCAGCAGCUCCUUACCCAUCUCUACACAACCCCAACAUGUAUGCCCCUGCCCCACAAUACAUGCCCUAUGCAGCUCCUCCUCCCCCAGCUCAUCCCCAGACUCAACCUCAGCCACCUCGGUAUCCUGAGCCCUCUGCUGCAGCAGCACCAAUGCACCCAAGUGGGCCUGGGGUCAGCUACAGGAAUCCCUCUGGUCAGGGGUCCAAGCCAGAGCCCCAGAAUCAUCCACCACUGGACCAGAGCUAUCUAGAGAGUAUGUAUUAUGUCCCUACAGGGAUGAAUGCUAGCCCCAAUCCCACCCCACCAGACUAUUACCACAAACACCCCCCUAACCUACCCCCGACAGGGGGGAAAAGGUCCUGAAAUAGAGGAAAGAGGCCGCCUUCCUGGAGCCUGUUGGGUUUUAAAUACACCGUGUAUAAAGGGGCUGUCUAAUGUUAGCCUGAAAUGUUAUUUGAGUUUUCGCAUAGCAACUGAAGACAGUAAUAAUUUGUUUGUUGUUCAUUUACUGCUUCCUGUUCUGCUGGUUUAACAAGCGAGAUUCUUAAGGUAAUGGUUUUGAAAAGACGAGGGAGUAAGCCAUUUCUUGUGUGUGUUUUUCCUGAAUCAUUACCUUAAAUUUAGAUAUUUUUUCUCAUUUUUGAUACAGGAUAAGAAGAUCUUAAAGUUCAGAUGUAAUGCAAAGGCAUCACAAAUCAACAAGUUUACCGGUUUAUUGAUGUGUGUAUUUUUACAACAAAUAUCUUCAAAAAACUUGAAAUUCUGUUUGAAAAAUAACCUCAUAUUUAUUUUAUUAUUGUGUCUCUGCUUAUU